GACAUGUCUGAAAACGAUUUUAUUCUGAAAGCGUCGCCCAUGAGUUUCCUUCCUCUGAAACAGCGAAUAAAAAUAGAAGAGAAGGCUGUGUAUUGCACACUGCGCUCACAGUGGGUUCACAAAAAACGUUAGGACCUUUAGUGCUGGCAGCACACUGUGAGUUUACCUGACCGAGCUGGGGGCGGAGCACGAUUGCUCCCGGACUGACAGAGCAGAGGGUUAGGGUUAAGGAUGAGCUCACUACGCAGACAACUGAGUCAGCUGCUGGCAGUAUGGAGCUGGAGGAGGAGGCUGGAUGUUUCCCUUUACCAAGUCCCUGGGUUUAACUUCAGGACCUUCUGCUCAACCACUUCAGGACCAGACCCUAUCCAGAUCCACAAGAGGAAACUCCUCUUGUGGUUCAGCCACCUUCCUCAGGAGGAAAAACAGUUUGGAGGUUACUUCAGUCCAGAGACCAUGCAUGUGGAUCCACUAAUCCUGGAAAGAAAAGAUGAGGAGAGGACAGGACUACUAAGCACCCCUCCCCAAACCCUGAAAAUCACUAGUCACUCUGUGACAGUGGAACAGCUAUUUGAGCCCACUGAUGCCUGGAGUGAUGGUAAUGGGGUCAAUGUGCUACUGUACGGGGCUGUGGGAACAGGUAAAAGUACAGUGAUCCGAAAGCUGGUUCUGGAUUGGUGCAGAGGGAAUACCCUGACCCACUUCAAGCUGCUGGUGCCUUUCUCUUGUGAGGACCUCAGCCAACUAUCAAAGAUGGCUUCCUUAAGGGAUCUGGUGAGCAGGAAGUACCUUCACCUGAGAAAACACCCCUUGCUUAGUGGGGAGGGAAAUCAGGCCAAGGAUGUUCUCUUCCUAUUCAAUGGGAUGGAGAAGAUGGACUUAGACUUCCGGAUUGGAUCCACAGAACUCUGUAGUGAUCCUAAUGAGGUGCUGUCUCCAGAUGUAGUGGUGGUGAACCUGCUGCGGAAGUACCUCCUGCCUGAGGCCAGCAUAUUGGCUACCACCAGACUGUCUGCCCUGGACCGUAUCCCUCAGAAGUAUGUGAGUCGGUAUGCACAGAUUUGUGGCUUCAGUGACCCAGACCGUCAGCGGGCAUACUUCACCAGCCGCCUACUGCAGCAGAGUGGCGAGACUGCACGUGAUCAUGAGGCCCACGCUCUUAUAGAGCUGCUGUACCUCAACCUCCAGAGAGAGAGCCAGUUGGCUGCAGCUUGCUUCUUGCCCUCUUAUUGCUGGCUUACAUGUGCUACCAUGCACUUCCUCCAUUUUACAGAUGCCAAGGCACCAAUCCGCACACUGACUGGCAUAUACACCAGUUUCCUCAGACUCAACUUUGGGGGUGAGGUGCUGGGCACAGGAACAAAGACAAAUGUGAAUAUUCAGGAACACAACAACUCAUUGAUGUUGUAUGUAGUCCGUACAGUUGGUAAACUGGCAUUUGACGGUGUGACGUACAAACGAACAUCAUUCUCAGAGAAUGAACUAGAGCAGUGGAUAGGAGGGAAGACCAAAACAGAUGAGGAGCUACAUCAGUUGGCCAUGUUCCGGACUGAUGUGCUUGACUUCUUCUUGGCUCCUUGUGUAAAAAAAUCACAAUGUAGAGCUUCAUUACAUGAAGCUCUAAGUGAAGAUGAUCAAAGUUGGUAUGUAUUCGCUGUCCCAGCCAUGCAGGAGUACCUGGCCGCUCUCUAUGUUGUUUUAGGAGAAAACAAAUCAGCUCUGGAGAGGCUGACCAGGCAGAUGUCUCUGACGAUUGGACAGGCAAGCGAGGACGUCAGCGCCAUCUUCAACAUCGUUUCUAAAUUCAUUCCUAUUCGAAUAUUUGCUGUGUUCAACCUCCUCAAGCUUUUUCCAAAGUUUUAUGAGAAAAUCAGUAGCCACAACAAAGGCAGCAUAGCCAGAACCAUGGCAGCUGAGAUGUUCCGCACCGAAGAUAGCUACAACGAGGAUGUCCUGGAUCAGAUGGAGCAAAAUCUUUUAGGAGUCCAUGGCCCUCAGCCACAGCAGCAAAGUGAAGGCCAGCCUUUUGAACUCUACCCCAUCUUCAUGGGUGGACUUUUGCAUUAUGGUAACCGUGUCCUUCUCCAGCAACUUGGCUGCAGUAUCCAGAGCUCCACUGUGGUCCAGAUCACAAAUGCCCUUAGGAAGCACCUUGUGAGGGAGCUCAGCAAACCACAGCCACCAGAGGAGUUGAUGGAUCUGCUCGUUCUUCUGUAUGAGUUUCAAAACCCCAGACUCACAGCAGAGAUUUUGGCCUCAAUCAGAACCAUCCGCCUUGCCAACAUUCGUAUGACGUCACUCAAAUGCUUCAUACUGAGCUCUGUUAUUUCAUGCACCCCUGCAAGUUAUCACCUUGAAGAGCUGGACCUGUCCUCCUGUCUACUGACUCAAGACAUGCUUCAGAUGCUGUGGCCUGCCUUCAGACACACCCAUAAUCUCAAUCUGCAGUUUAACAGCCUUGGUCCUGAAUCCUGCAUCGUCUUGAGAGAUCUGCUACGAGAUCCGAAGAGCUCAAUUAGAUCUCUACAACUGUGUGACAACCCUCUGCUGGAGUCUGGAGCCUGCAUCCUGCUGGAGGCCCUGCCAGAAAACCAUUCCCUGACACACCUGUCCCUGAUGCAUACUGGGCUGGGGGACCAGGGGGCCCUGGAGCUAGCUGAGAGACUCCAGGAGCAUAAGGUGCUCCAGGAGCUAAAUGUUGCCUAUAACAACAUUGGAGACAAUGCUGCGCUGGCUCUGGCGGAUGCCUGCAGGGAACACCCCAGCAUUCACACUUUACAUGUCUAUCUGAACUCCCUCAGUGAUGCGGGAAAGCAGUCCUUGUAUGUCAGAGGUGUUCCAAGUCACAGCGGAAGUGACCGGAAAGUCAAGGUCCUAGCUUCAGUCACUGAAGGCUCAGAUAUUUCCGAGGACUGGCACCCCAUCCUCAGUGUGAUACGAAAGAACAUCUCAUCCUGGGACCGCCAACGUGUCAAGCAGCAGCUCCAGGUCUUCCUCAGGGAUCUUGAGUGGGGGCGUCAGCAGCAGCAGAGCUUCUGGAAGAGGUUACAUUUCCGUAGGGUGGAGAACGGGGUCCGACAGACCCUGCAAAUGCUAGAGAAGGACACCCUACAUAAAUCCACUGGAUACAACAAAUAAUCAGUAAAAAAACAAAUAGAGGUGAAAGGGAAAUACAAAUCCUCAGCAGCAUUGUACAUUUAAACCUAUGUACAAACUGACCGCAAGCCCCGGCAUUCAUAUUUUACUGGACCUGUGUCAUUAACACCAUGUUUUAAUCCUAGAAGUCGGGAGUGGUGAUGCUAGCAAAUGUAGCGAUGCGAACGUGCCAUGGGGUGAGAGCUUGUGUGCAAUGUGUGUGUGUUUUCCAGUAGAUGGGUGCAAAUGUGACCACGGCUCCAAAGGAAGAUAUCGGAGUACAUAUAGGCAAAAAAACUGUAAAUUUCACAGUUUCAGUCGAAUUUGAAUGUCAGGGCUUUGAUGACACCACACGAGCAGUAUGGAGGCAUGUUUUUUUUGUUGUUUUUUUAAGUUUGAAAAAUUCAUCACCAGUUACUUCAAUCGUAUUGUAUUUGGCUUCAACACUGUUUAUUCCUGAGACCCCUAAAGUGUUAUUUGGACUCAAACACCCCACACUCCAUUGGUUUAGAGUAGAUAAUGAGUGAAUUUAAAUUUUAUGGCGAACUAUCACUUUAAAUAAAAUUUUAUUUGUAAAGCGCCAAAUCAUAACAUCACAUUAUCUCAAGGCACCUCACAUGGUUAGGUUCUGACCUUUUUUAAUGAGUUUGGUUAAUCAUGAAACAUGAAUAAAUAUUAAGAGGUGAUGUAUUUUCCCAGGAAGACAAACACAGACAUGAUCCGCCCUACUCUGCCUAUGAUUGGCUUACUCUGAUAUACUUUUCCUAACUAACCAAUCACCACUCAUACCAAUCAUACCUAAACCAACAAACCCAACCAGCAAAAGCAACAAGCACUGUGAUGCUUUUGUUGUCCUAGGGGGGAAAAAAAGGUUUGCAGGACACUAUUGAAUUCAAUUUUAUUUUUAUAGUGCCAAAUCAUAAUAUACAUUAUCUCAAGGCACUUUAGAACACACUACUGAUUGAUGUGCGCCAGAGGCGAUCUAGAAAUGGGUAUAUGCUAUGCUGAUUGAAAAAUAAGUGGCUAUAUUACAUAUAUACCUAUGUAUAGCCUGCACUCCACCACUGGUUAUUUGUCAUCCAGGCUUUGAAGUCCUUAAGACAUUCCUGAAGUUGAACUAGGUGAUUAGAUUCAUCAUGCGUCAUAGAUAAGUACAUCUGGGUGUCAUCUGUGUAGCAAUUUAAGUGUUGCUUUCUAAUAAUAUACCUAAAGGAAGUAUAUACAAAUUGAAAGGCAGGCCCAAAAAUGUAAUCUGUAACGUAUUUUUCAUUACAUUAACUAAUCUGAGUAACGUAUCCUGAGUACUUGGAUUACUUCCACAUUGAAUUACAUUUUAAAAGUGUAGGAAUGCGGUGUUGUUAUAGUCAGUGGAGCAGCAGCAGUUCAAGCUCUCGCACUCUGCGGAUGCGGCGGGCCAGCUGGAUGUCCUUGAGCAUGAUGGUAACCCUCUUGGCGUGGAUGGCGCACAGGUUGGUGUCCUCAAACAGGCCGACCAGGUAAGCCUGGUUGGCCUCCUGCAGAGCCAUGACAGCUGAGCUCUUGAAGCGAAGGUCGGUCUUGAAAUCCUGAGCGAUUUCUCUCACCAGGCGCUGGAAGGGCAGCUUGCGGAUCAGCAGCUCCGUAGAUUUCUGGUAGCAACGGAUCUCUCUCAGAGCCACGGUACCGGGCCUGUAGCGGUACCAGGCUGGUAGCCGUGAGGCUUCUUCACGCCGCCGCCGGCCGGGGUGCUCUCGAGAGCAGCCUUGGUGGCUAGCUGCUUCCUGGGGGCUUUGCCGCCAGUGGAUUUACUAGCGGCAGUUGCGGUUUUUACAUUGAAUUAUUUAGAGAGUGAAUAAACUUGUGAAACAGGGAAGUACCUUCACGUAAUCCAUUGAUUUCAACAAUGUAACUGUAUUCUGAAUACCAUCUAUUUAAAUUAAGUGUAAUGGAAUACAGUCACUCAUAAUUUGUAUUCUAAAUACGUAACGCCAGUACAUGUAUUCCGUUACUCCCCAACACUGUUGAAAAGUAUCAGUCCAAGGACAGAGCCUUGUGGAACUCAAUGACAAACAUUUUUUGUGGAUAGAGUAGUCAUUGUUAACAUGAGAAAAAUUGUAGUAUGAUGCAAGUUUGAUGGUCUCAAAUGUGGAACUAAGAUCCGACAGAACUACUUUAGAGACAGUCCAUUAUCUGAGGCCAUGAAUAUGUCAUUAGUAAAUUUUAACAGUCCUGUGAUGGAUUCUAAAUCAUAAUUGAAAGUCCUCAAACAAACCACAAUUGUGCAAGCACUUGCAUAACUGUUAGAAACAGAUUUCAGAUGAAACCUUCAUCUGAAAAUGAAGGGAAGGUUCGAUAUGGGUCUAUAAUUAACUAAACAUCUGGGUCAAGAUUGGGCUUUUUAAGCAAAGGUUGAAUUAUCGCUGUCUGAAAUGCUUGAGGUACGUAGUCAGUUAAAUAUAUUAAAGGUUUUAAAAAAAAGUUAAUCUUGUUAACAUAAUGAAUCUCAAGAUUGGCUAUGACCCACAGAGAUGGAAUCCCUGGAACCCCACCAGUCAGGUAGAAACACCUUGGAUUAGAGGUGAACAUAGAAAAGUAACAGCAAGUUUUUACCAUUUAUACAUAUAUAACUCCUGAAGAGUUGGAUGAGUGGGAAUCUUCAAGGAUUCAGUAGAAGUCAUAAUUCUUACAAGGCAACAAGAACCACACAUUAUGUUAUGUUAAGUUAUGAUUAUGCUACAGUAGUCUGUAGGAAUAUUCAGCUGACUGUAUGAAUAUGAAAUGUGCAUUAACAAAUAAAUAUUUUCAAUCAA